AUGGGCUACGAACGCAGAAAAUCCCCUGCCAGGGACUUGGGCAACGGCUUCCCCAUGUCCUCGUCCAGCUCCUACGGACUCUCGCACGUCUCGCUCUCUGGGCGGUCGCAAACGAUGCUGCCAUACGCGCAACGCAGCCCGUCGCCGCCAGCGUCGGCUUAUUUCACUAGCAUUCCCCCAGACCAUGGCCACGAACCAGAACCGUCGCCAGGUGCGGCUGAGCAUUUCGCGUACAGCACGACGCUGCGCAGGCACCACACCGAGCCGUUUGGUCCGAGUGCUAGUGGGUCGCUGCCUACUCUAGGGUCUCUGGGCUCAGUUGUCAGCCAGGAAGGGCCGUCGGGGCUGUGGAAUAGGGCUGUGAGUUUCGUCAAAAGUCGGCUGGGAGGUCAGGAGAAUGACCUGGAGAACGGGAACGGGUAUGCCAACGGCUUGAGGAAAGAGCCUCACGAGGAGACUCCCUCAGCCCGGUUCGCCCAUAUCUCAGCAGAGGAUACGAUCUCUCAUUUCCACACCUCCCCCACCGAAGGCCUUCCUUCCUCUCAUAUACCCGCGCUGAGAGAAGAGUAUGGGUACAACGAGUUCUCCGUCUCAGCGCCAGAGCCAGCGUACAUAAAGUUCGCCAAAACCAUCUACGAAAGCCCGUUAAUCCUGCUCCUCUGCGGGAGUGCCUUUAUCAGUGCUAUUAUGGGCAAUAUUGAUGAUGCGGUCAGUAUAACGGUUGCGGUGUUAAUCGUGUUGACUGUCGGGUUCGUCCAAGAACGACGAUCAGAAAAGAGUCUGGAGGCUUUGAAUAAACUCGUUCCUCACCACUGUCACUUGAUCCGAGACGGCCACUCCUUGACCGUCCUCGCCAACGAGCUCGUCCCAGGCGACAUUGUGACCUUCACCACCGGCGACCGCAUCCCCGCCGACGUACGACUCAUCUCCGCCGUGGACCUCGAGAUCGAUGAGAGCAGCCUUACAGGCGAGACGACAAGCCGCAGGAAGGAUGCGGAGACGUGCGUGUCUGGCGGGAUGGGAGGGCCGGCGGCGUUGGCGGACAGGACGUGUAUUGCCUAUAUGGGUACACUGGUUAGGAAUGGGAGAGGGUCGGGGACGGUUAUCGCUACAGGGAAGGAUACCGAGUUUGGUGUCAUAUUCUCGAUGAUGGAAGACGUCGAGGAGCGCCGGACACCCCUCCAACUCAAAAUGGACGAACUCGCCAAGAACCUGUCCAUCCUCUCCUUCGGGAUCAUCGGCCUGAUCUGCAUCAUCGGCGUCCUGCAGCAGCGCUCCUGGCUCGAGAUGUUCACCAUUGGAGUGUCCCUUGCUGUUGCAGCUAUCCCCGAGGGCCUGCCGAUCGUUACGACGGUGACGCUUGCGCUGGGCGUGCUGCGGAUGAGUAAUCGCAAGGCGAUUGUGAAGAAGCUGCAUUCGGUGGAGGCGUUGGGGUCUGUGUCGGUGAUCUGCUCUGACAAGACUGGGACACUCACGAAGAACGAGCAAACUGUCACCGAGCUGUACACAGUGGACGAAGCUGUGCAUAUCGACCCGGCUACCCGCGUCCAUUCGGCCCACCAGGUUUCGGCAGCUGUGAAGAAAGCUCUCGAGAUUGGUGCACUCUGCAAUAAUGCGUCUGCGUCUCGCAACGAGGAGGGCGUGUUCGUCGGGCAAUCAACUGAUGUCGCGCUGUUGAACAUCCUGUCGUCGUUUAAUCUUGAUGACCCUCGGAAGAACUUCACCCGGCUGUCGGAGAGACCGUUUAAUUCGGAAGUCAAGUACAUGGCGGUCAGCGGGAUACACUCUGGGUAUUCAGGUCCAACCAUCAAUGGCUCGCCUCUGGAGUUUUACUACAUCAAAGGAUCGAUUGACGCAAUCCUCGACCGGUGUAAAUUCUACUACGUUUCCGACGGGUCUACACCGGGGCUGGAUUCCACCACUAAAGCCAUGAUCUUGCAAAAGGCACAAGCAACUGCCAGCCGCGGCCUGCGCGUGAUCGCCCUGGCGUAUGGCUACGGCUCCGUCGACGCGCAGACGGAGAUGGCGUCGUCCAACUCGCUGGCCUCCGUCGCGUCCCGAGCGGGCACGCCGGAGAGCGAGAAGGCCAAGACGAACCUCGUUUUCGUCGGCUUUCAGGCUAUGUUCGACCCCCCGCGGAAAGGCGUGUCGGACGCGAUCAGCCUCCUCCAGCAGGCUGGCGUCCAGGUCGUCAUGAUCACGGGGGAUGCGGAGCAGACCGCGCUGGCUAUCGCGAAAGACCUGGGCUUGCUAGUUGGCCGCGCGAUGCAUGGCCGGGCGGGUAGCAUUAGCGGAUCGGGGUCUUUGAGUGCUGUGGCUGGAAGUGGGAGUUAUUGCCUGACGGGCCAGAUGAUUGAUAGGAUGAGCAAGGGCCAGUUAAAGGAGAUGGUGGGGGGCGUGAGCGUCUUUGCAAGGACGACGCCGAGGCAUAAGAUGGCGAUUGUUGAGGCAUUCCAGGCGAGAGGUGCUGUGGUGGCUAUGACUGGCGAUGGAGUUAAUGACGCACCAGCCCUGAAAAUGGCUGACAUUGGUGUAUCUAUGGGCAAGAGCGGUACUGACGUCGCUAAAGAAGCUGCCGAUAUGAUUCUUGUGGAUGAUAACUUUACAACGAUCCUUCCUGCGGUUGAAGAAGGAAAAUCAAUAUUCCAUAACAUACAAAAUUUCCUGGCAUUCCAACUUAGCACGGCUGCGGCAGCUCUGUCCAUGAUUACGCUCAGCACGAUGUUUGGUUUAAGUAACCCGUUAAAUGCGAUGCAAAUAUUAUUCAUCAAUAUACUCAUGGACGGGCCUCCUAGCCAGUCCCUCGGUGUCGAUCCUGUGGAUCCUAUAGUUAUGCGUAGACCACCACGACGGAAGGACGAGCCCAUAAUCAGCCGGCGCCUCAUGUACAGAGUGCUUUUCUCUGCCUCGAUGAUCGUCAUCGGUACCCUAUAUGUAUACGCGUAUGCAUUAUCCGACGAUCACAUGUCUAAACGAGAACAGACCAUGACGUUCACGUCGUUCGUCUUCCUGGACUUGGUCUCUGCGCUGCAAAACCGCGGCCUCGCCUGCUCGCUCACUGCGAACCGUAUGCUCCUGACCACCGUGUCGAUCUCCUUCCUCUCUCAGCUGGCGCUCGUGUACGUGCCGUUUAUGCAGUCGAUAUUCCAGACGGAGGCGCUGGGCGCGGGGGACAUGACGACGUUGCUGUGCCUUGCCGGGCUUAGCUUUGGUCUGCAUGAAGCGCGGCGGAGGUGGGAGCGGAAGCUGGAUAGGGAGAUGGGUGGGUGGGCGGGUGAGAUGGCGUAA